GCAGCACCAGGGAAGGAUCAAACUUAUUCUUUUCCAAAACCUUUCUGCCUGCUGUUAGAGGUAGAAACACGAUCAGACUAAUUACAGGUAUUCCAGGCCGACCUGCCGCACACUUUCGCUGCUGCUGCCAGGGGCUUUCUCGCUUCAGGUGCACAAAACUCUGCUCAGCGUCUCUUGCGCUUAUCGGCUGCGGGUGUUCGCAGCAACCAAGUGCACAUAUUUAAAACCAACAUCGUCCCCAGGCACUUCACUUGAUUCCCACCAACCUCACAAUGCGCACCUACUUGCUGACGCUCCUCCUGGCCGCGGUGGCCGCCUCGGCCCUCAGUCUUCCCACGGCCCAAGACCAAGAAGAAGAGGUCACCACUCAAGUCGCAGAAUUGCCGGAAGUUGCAGAAGUGGAGGAAGAAAAUUCGCAAGAAGUUUUGACCACGGAGGCGGCAGUGGCGAACACGAUGAGCAACGCAAUCACGAACGGCGUCAGUUUCCUCAACUCGACCGUGCACAACGAGCAGUCCUGUCUCAGGACCGGAGGCAACUGCCUCCCCCAAAUCGAGUGUCCCCCGGGCGCCCUCAGCCCCAGCAAGGGUCUUUGCCCCGAGCAGCAGGACCUCGGCGUUGAGUGCUGCCACGGACUUUCUCUGUUGGAGACAAGAUGUAAAAACCGCGGUGGGCGGUGCACACUCGCAAACUCUUGUACGCGAGCACUGGUAGAGGACCGCGCUGAAGAUUGUCCUGAUGACAAAGUUUGCUGCGUGCUUGUCGGAAUUUGAGUGUGUGAAUAAACAUGUCCUUCUACAAUCUUUGAUCAUCUACACUUUGUAAAUAAAUUUCAUUGGAGCAAAAAAUUUCAAAUUUUGUUAUAAUCUAAACAAAUUUUAAUAUUCAAGUUUUUAUACACCGGUAAUUUAAAAAAUCUUAAACCCAGCAUGGCACCUUCCUUUUUACCAUGUGGGUGCCAAAAUCCGAAAGCGACCGUGGGUCGGAAUGAAUGAGUCACGCUCACAUAGUGGUUCUAUUGUUAUUGUGCAUCUUAUAAAGCUCAGCCCUUUUUGGAAUAAGAAGAUGCGGGUAGCAAGUUUCAUAAAUAAUAACACAAGAAGUUACUAGAAUCUAUUAAUUUUUUUUAAAGCUAUGUAUUAUUUUCAAUUAAAUUAUAAAAAUUGUUGUUAAAAAUAAUAAUAAAUAAAUCAGACUUAACAACAUUAAAUUCAAA